GUUUUCCGCCGACUCUUCACCUCCUGCCUCGUCUGACUCUUGUUUUAAAGCAAAAACUCUUUUUUCCAACCUCUCCAUUUAGCGUCUGUUGGUGUUUGAGUUGUUUCAAAGGUUGACCAUGGGAGAAGUGAGGGAGAAGCCGAGCUUCUCUGAAGUUAUUGCUCAGAUUUUACAGGAGUCACCAGGAGCCAGGAAGGACCUGGUGGACAACCACAGCAACCUCCUCCGAGUAGCAGAUUACUGUGAGAAGAAUUAUCUCCAGGCAGAGGAUCCAACGAAAGCUGUUGAAGAGGCCAAAGCUCUGACCACCCAGGCUUUAGCCAGUGUCACCUACCAGAUCAACAAUGUGGCCAGCACUGUGCUCAGACUGCUGGACUCUCAGGCCAUGCAGAUCAAAGCUAUGGAGUCCUCCAUCAACCUGCUGUCACUGGCUGCAGCGAUACACUUUGAGAAAGUUGCUCGGCAGGAGAUCAGAGCCUUCUCCACUCCCAAAAACAAAACGCUCUCCAUGCCCAUGAUGCCGCCGACGUUAGGCAGAGAACCAGAGGAAAUCUAUGAAAGGGUGCCAAUCUCCUACUCCACCCUGGACUCCAUCGGACACUGUUUUCAGGUGACUGAGCAACAGCCCAAGAAGAUGGAAGAGACAGCAGCCAGCAAAGAAAGAGCUGCAGAAAUCUCAGUAACCUCCCACGGCAUCGCUGUACCUCCCCCCUCUGUGCCCACCAUGCUCCCCAAACCCACAGACAGCAGCCUGCCGCCUCCUGCUCCUUCUUCAACAGACUCGGACCUCCCCCCUCCGCCUUCCUUUCCUACCCUCUCAGACCUUCCUCCACCUCCUCCUUUACCAAACAUCAGCCCAUCGAGCAACAGCUUCCUGCCUCCACCUCCUCCUGCAACUGGUGGUGCCUCUCCUCCUCCUCCUCCACCUCCCCCUGUGUCGGGAACUGCACUCCCUCCUUUUCCUCCGCCUCCUCCUAUGUCAGGAGCUGCAAUACCUCCUCCUCCUCCGCCUCCUCCUAUGUCGGGAACUGCACUCCCGCCUCCUCCUCCACCUCCUCCUGUUGUGAACCACGGGGGCACAGCGUGA